ACCGCCAUAUUGCAUUACAACAAGCCGUCGCCACCGAAAGACAUUGAACAAGCCCUCUCCGUUGUUCCAACACCAAAGCAUCUUCCAUCAACCUCGACAUUCCCUUAUAACAAAGGUUACUUGCCGCAAAUUUCUUCCAAGCCUGCGACGAUCAUGGCAGAGCAUAACCAUUCCUGCGAGCAAGCCAACCGAGGCCGAAACACAACCUGCAAGCUGUGCAACGAGUACAUCUUCCCUAGCACAUCUUUUGCCGAUCAGCAGCUCGAGGGUUACAGUUCCUAUAAUAUUAGCAGCCAGGCAUCUGCGCAGGCAUAUGUUCGCUUACAGACGGAAGGAGGUCCGUCAUUGCAUCAGCUUGACUGCAUGGUCGAAUGCAAGCUGAUCAUACAAGUCAGUGAAUGCCGACUUGCGCUUCCUGAGUAUCUUCGCUACAGAGCCGCAACCCACCUGGCGCGACGACGGUGUUGCGCUGGACAUGCCACGCAGGUCGCCGCAAUGUGAUAUGUGUUGCAUGUAGCGACUAACUUUGCACAGACCAGCAACCUCUGCACCAUCCAUAUCCUGUCGAACUUGAUAUUCGGGAGGAGCAUGAUCGCCAAAUGCACCCACAAGCGCGGCGACCGUCGCCCGCGGCGCUGACGACCGCCAUGACGCCAGCCAUGGGCCACACAUGGCGGACGUCGGGGUCGUUCGCACCUUCGACCUGCAGUGACCCACGGAACGGCACUCAGCUUACCCAUCCAAGGUCUAGCCGUAUUACUCCGGUCCACGAAGCUGUCC